UAUCCAGCUUGUUAUCCAAUAGGACUGUGGGGGAAAAACUACAUCUGCUCAGGCUGGGCUGAGUAAACACAGAAGAUACAGUGACACAUUUAAGAACACAUCCAAAGAAGAAUUGGAAAUAACAGCAAUAGGUAUGGACAUGUGGUUGCCUUUGCUGCUACUAGCUUCUGUAGUCAGUCAGGCUGCUACAUCUAGAGCUCGAGAAUGGGCUCAUCAUGGGGCCCCCAUGUUUGCUGAUCUCUCUCCUGAGGAAAUGAAGUCUGUGAGAAACUAUCUCCACUCCUUAAGUGAGCUCGGCCUUUCUUCAGCACGAAGCAAGGCCCUCAAAAAGAACAGCAUCCUUCUUAUAGAGCUACAUGUUCCAAUGAAGCAUGAGGCUCUGCGGGCACUGGACAGGGGACAGGCAAAACCAUCACGCAAGGCUCGGGUGGUGAUACAAUUUGCCAACCAGGCCCAGCCUAAUAUAACUGAAUAUAUUGUUGGUCCUUUGCCUUCUCCAAAAUCCUACCAGCUCAAGACCUUUAAAGGUGACCGGCCCAUCAGCUUUGAGUCCCGGCCGAUCACAUAUGUAGAAUAUGGGCAUAUAGAAGAUAUUCUAAACAAGGUUGGAAAGAAAUUGAACAAACUUUUGUAUGAAAGCACAGGUUUUACAUUUGGAAAUUGCACCAAUCGAUGCUUAACCUAUUCUGACAUAGCUCCUCGUGGACUAGAACCAGGGGAGAGACGAUCCUGGAUAAUGCUGCAGAAAUUUGUAGAGGGGUACUUCAUUCAUCCUGUUGGUUUUGAGAUUCUUAUCAACCAUAAAGACCUGGACCCAGAGAAAUGGACUGUGGAAAAAGUGUGGUACAAUGAACAAUACUUUGACAGUGUGGAGGAGCUAGAAGAGAAGUAUGAAAAGGGAACAAUCAAUAAACUUAAGCUGCCUGAGCAUGAUGAAAAUGAUCUCUUUUCCACUUACAUUCCUCGUGGCCAAAGCAACACACGCUCAAAUAUCAACGGGCCAAAGUUUGUGGAGCCUCAAGGUACCAGAUACCGGGUAGACAAAAACUUUGUGGAGUAUGCCGGAUGGUCUUUCGCUUACCGCGUUCGCUCAUCUGCUGGGCUGCAGAUUUUUGACUUGCGUUUUAAUGGCGAACGAAUUGCCUAUGAAGUCAGCCUGCAAGAAGCUAUUGCCUUCUACUCUGGAGACACACCAGCUGCAAUGCAAACAAAAUACAUCGAUGCUGGCUGGGCAAUGGGAACCUCUGAUUUUGAGCUUGCACCAGGUAUUGACUGUCCUGAAAUUGCCACUUUUGUUGACAUGUAUCAUUUCUACGAUACGGACAAGCCAGUCAGAUUUAAGAAUGCAUUAUGCAUAUUUGAGAUGACAACAGGCAUGCCUCUUAGAAGACACUUCAACAGCAACUUCCAAGGAGGCUACAACUUUUGGGGUCUGGAAAACCAUGUUCUUGUGAUAAGAACCACAUCCACUGUUUACAACUAUGACUACAUCUGGGACUUCUUGUUCUAUCAGAAUGGAGUAAUGGAGUCUCGGGUUAGUGCUACAGGGUACAUACAUGCUACAUACUUCACAGAAAACGGACUGAAAUACGGAAGCAAGGUUUAUGACUAUGUUCUCGGAAAUAUGCACACACAUCUUGUUCAUUACAAAGUGGACCUUGAUAUUGCAGGGCGUGACAACAGCUUUGAGUCUAUAGACCUAAAAUAUGUCAACUUCACCAACCCCUGGAGUUCUCGACACACAAUCAAACAAUCCAUCCUCUCCAGGACGCAACAUGAAACAGAACGCAGUGCUGCCUUCCGCUUUGGAAAAAAGUUCCCUCGUUAUUUGCACUUCUACAACCCCAACCAGAAGAAUAAGUGGGGGCACCAAAAGGGUUACCGUAUUCAGUUUAACUCACAUGCGAAUUCUGUACUGCCACGUGGAUGGAAAGAGGAGAAUGGUAUUCCAUGGACAAGAUAUCCUUUGGCUGUAACUAAACAUAAGGAUAGUGAGCCCACCAGCAGUAGCAUCUAUACCCAAAAUGACCCAUGGGAACCUGUUGUUUCAUUUGAGGACUAUAUCCGCAACAAUGAUAACAUUGUAAAUCAGGAUUUGGUUGCCUGGGUUACUGUGGGAUUCUUACACAUUCCUCAUUCUGAAGACAUUCCCAACACAGCAACUCCCGGAAACUCUGUAGGCUUCUUCCUUCGACCGUUCAACUUUUUUAACGAAGACCCCUCUCUCUCAUCCUUCAACACUGUUAUUGUGCGACCAGACGAAGAGGGUAAACCGAAAGUUCAGAGAUGGACUCCAGAGGUCGUCGGUCACUGUGUCUCAGAGAAGCCUUUCUUCUAUAAUGGCACAUACGCUGAAGUCUAGAAUGCAGAAUACAGUUGUUUGUAAAGUAAAUUCUAUGAUGAACUGUACACCAUCUUCUCACAUGCAUGCAUAUAUGCAACCUACUGUACUUAAAUAUACAAACUUUGAACUAUAUGUGUAAAUAUAAGUGGAUGCAGGUUUGACACAAUAAUAAUCUCAUUAAAUAUGAAUAUGUAGGUAUUGCUUUUGUUUUGGGAUAAUUGCUUAUAUUAUGAACAAUAUGAAAAUGUUUCUAUUUCUGGAUGUCUUUUUAUUAUUAAAGACACAAAAAUAAAAUGCCUGGGAAACCAGCAUGUAAUUCCA